UUGAGAGGGAUGCCAGGAUACGAGGUGGCGCUCCUCCACAGAGUCCUCCAUGGCUGCUGCUGCUGCUGCUGCUGCUUCUCGUCCGUGUCCUCCGCCUCUCCUCUUCUUCUCUCUGAACCGAGCAAAACUAACCUUUCCUCGUCCCUCCACUUCCUUCACUUGUAAACCUUCUCCUCCUCCUCUCCUUCUUCCCGUCUUCUGCGGUCCUCGAGACUCGAACCGCGGCCCGCUCCUUCGAGGUAGAACGCUCACUACCGAAGCAAUUCUCGCGGUUCAGUUGCUGAAACGAUGGACCGCCCGCUCCGCCGCGGACGACGGGGAUUCUAGGACGAAGACGCUUGUUGACGACGCCGUCGUGAAGAAAACCCUUUCCCGGCUGGCUAAACCUGACCUAAUCGCGGCGCUUAAUGAGCUCCAGCGACAGGACCAGUGGUUGCUCGCCCUCAAAGUUUUUGAGGUCGUUCGGGGGGAGUUUUGGUACAAGCCGGAUUAUUCGCUGUACGCUGAGAUGGUGAAGACGCUGGCGAGGAAUGGACGGACGGGCGAGAUUGAAAGCAUUGUAUCGGUCUUGGUGGGCGAGCAACUUGUAGAGGAUUUGCGGGGACUCACGAAGCUUAUUCGUGCAUUGAUAGGUGCUCGGAUGGGGAAGUGUGCGUUCGCUGUUUACGGGGCGAUGCGGAGUGCAGCGUUCGUCCCCGAUGAUCACCUCUUUGGAGUUCUAGUGAAGGGGUUAAGGAGGUUGGGAGAAGCAGAUUCCGCUGCUUUGGUUGCGAAGGACUACGAAACUAUUGAAAACGAGCAAUUUGAGAAGGCAAACAGGAAAUGAAGAUCUUGCUUAUUCUUUCUCCAGGUGCUCUAUGGUGGUUCCGGGAAAUUACGAGAAGCGGUUUGAACUGCAAAUUACGGAGAGAAGUGCUGCAGCUGACUUCAACUGAUGCACCUGAGUGGACACAUCCUUAGAAGGAACCUUAAUGUCCCACUCUGCAGGAUGAGUCAAUCAGAGACCAAUAGCAGCAUUUUAUGUGGAAUGAGUAUGUAUUAUACACAUGUUCCUGUUUUUCUGCAUGUGUCAAGAUUCCGAGGUCAUUUUUGGUUUUCUAAAGGAUUUCAUUCUUUGAUGACAUGAGUCUACUACAUGUCGAUGAUGUUUUCUCUGCACAUCCAUAAAUUGUAAAGGCUUUACCUAUGGUGACGGUAGCUUCAGCAAUAUGUCCCCAAGAACCAUUGGCACUUGAGACUGUCCCUUUUCUCUCUCUUUUCUCUCUGGUGCUUUUUCUGCAUUGAGGCACCAACUGUCCUUUUUAUUUCACAUCCUGGAAAUAACUCAUUUUUCUCUCU